CACCUGUCUGUAGAUGCGAAGCGCGCUGGAAGAGGAAAGGGGCGGAGAGAGAGCUCUGCCGUCGUCCACGAGGGCGGGCGUUCGUUCUCACAGCGCCUAGACACCCAAGUAAUGCGAGUUUUGUUUUCAUCAGAGUGUAUCAUCGCGCCUGGAGCACCUGUGAUGCUGUUGGAUCUGCUGACCCUCUCGUAUUCGCGAACACGAUCCUUCCCAGGGCUCUCGGUUUUACGGUGGCGCGACUGCGCGUAAAGACCUCGGGAUCGGCCACCGCCGGGUGACGGGUUAUUUCCCCGUACCUGAGAACUGCUUUGGUAUUCCACGUAUAUUCGAACUGACAGGGACUGCCGUUGGCGAACCGCGGGGAAUCGUGCUGGAUGGUCUCUUUCGGGAUAAAGACAGCCGAUGCCCACUCUGACACGAGAACUUCAGCAUACGGAUCCGGAAUUUGCUCCGUGAGGACGUUUUCAUAGCCUGAGACGUUCCAUUGGAUAUUCCGUGUUGCAGGCAGGAGCUCCGGUGAGGCAUUUACUGCUUGGACGCUUGUGCCUGAAUACAGUGCCGGUCCGUGAAACCUCUUGGAUAUAUAUAUAUAUAUAUAUAUUUUUUUUGCUUUUGGUCUGGUUUGGCCCCCGUUUUUUUGGAUUACUGACGCCCAUUCUCUUUAAAGAAUUGACGGACAAAUCAUCAGAGGGUACGGCGAGAACUAUGUGCGCGUAGAACUGGGAGGAAUGCCCCAGACUCUGUGCUCCAGCACUAUGUUCACUCCCAGUGGCUUUAGCCCCCACCUGGUCCCGAGCGAGGACCCCCAGGGGGAAGGUCCCGGCCCCGGUCCGGGCCCCGAACUUGCCGAGGGGCCCCUGCUGACCUCCGCCUCUCUGGACACCCUCAUCCAGCACCUGGUCCCCACCGCUGAUUACUACCCCGAGAAAGCCUACGUCUUCACCUUCCUGCUCAGCUCCCGGCUCUUCAUAGCUCCACCUGAGCUCCUGUCUCGGGUCUGCCAGCUGUGCAUCAAACAGCAGCAACUGGACCAGAUACCCCUGGACAUGGCCAAGGUGCGGAAGUUCGGGCCGAAGAUCCUCCAGCUGCUGACGGAGUGGACGGAGACGUUCCCCUCCGACUUCCGGGAGGAACAGAUGGUGGGACACCUGAAGGACAUCAUACACAGGAUAGCGCCGUGUGACGAGGCGUACUGGAAGACCAUGAACCAGAUCCUGCAGAACCUCAGCCAGAAGCUGGCCGCCAUGAGCCAGAGCGAGGAGGGCCUGGUGAAGUUCAACGUCUCCUCCUCCGCCUCGGACAAGAUGGUGGCCUACAAGACCAAGCCCUCGCCCAUCCAGAAGGACGUCCUCAGCAUCUGCAGCGACCCCUACACCCUCGCCCAGCAGCUCACUCACGUGGAACUGGAGCGUUUGAGUCACAUUGGCCCAGAGGAGUUCGUCCAGGCCUUCGCCCAGAAAGAUCCACUGGACAGCUCACAGCCCUGCUUCAGUGACCAGAAGAAGAAAACUAGCAAUCUCGAGGCCUACGUCAAGUGGUUUAACAGGCUGUGUUACCUGGUUGCCACGGAGAUCUGCAUGCCGGCGAAGAAGAAACAGCGCGCCCUGGUGAUCGAGUUCUUCAUCGACGUGGCGCGAGAGUGCUUCAACAUCGGCAACUUCAACUCCCUCAUGGCCAUCAUCUCUGGAAUGAACAUGAGUCCAGUUUCCCGUCUGAAGAAGACUUGGGGCAAAGUGAAGACGGCCAAGUUCUUCAUCCUGGAGCAUCAGAUGGACCCGACCGGAAACUUCUACAACUACCGGACCGCGCUGAGGGGCGCCGCCCACCGGUCCCAGACCGCCCAUAGCAACAGGGAGAAGAUCGUCAUUCCGUUCUUCAGCCUGCUGAUCAAGGACAUCUACUUCCUGAACGAGGGCUGCGCCAAUCGGCUGCCCAACGGGCACGUGAACUUCGAGAAAUUUGUGGAGCUGGCUCGGCAGGUGGGGGAGUUCAUGGCCUGGAAGCAGGUGGAGUGUCCGUUUGAGGAAGAGCGGAACAUCCUGCAUUACCUGCACUCCGCCCCCAUCUUCACUGAGGACGGUCUGUACCUGGCUUCGUAUGAAAGCGAGAGCCCAGAGAACCAGGUGGAGAAGGACAGGUGGAAAGCUCUCAGAACCUCCAUCCUGGGGAAGACAUGAGGCCGGAUGUUCACCCGCCAAUCACCUCAGCAGCAGGGCGUGUUCUUUGCACUAAAACAAGACUGUGAAAGAGCCUAGCUGGUACUUAGGUAUUUAUACUGCGAUUUUUAAAUAGGGAAAGGUGAACAGGAUUCAUCUGGUUUCGUGACAGGAGCAUGAAAAACUGUACAGUGAAGACACCGGGGGGAACUCGUCAAAACUGGGAGUGUUACCGUCACUUUGUUCCCUUGGUUUGACACUCAAGACCCGGAGCUGAAGAACCUGUCUUGUUUAUAUGUAGAUAGUGAGAGAGAAAGAGAGAAUAUAAAUAUGUGUACAGUAGUGUGUGGGAGGCAGAGAUGGCCUCUGGUUAUUGUGUAUUUAUUGUUGUUUGUGUUAACCACCCUUACAGAGUGAGGAUUUUAAACUACACGAGAGACAAACUGGUGCUUUUGCUUUUUCAUAAUUUAAGUUGUUUUUUUUUUCCAUUCUGUGCGCUGUGGUCUUGUGUUAGUUUUGAUAUUGUAACAUAAAUGCUGUUGUGACUCUGUUGUGAAGGCUAAUAGUGGGCCCGGUGAGCCCUUGGGGAAAUGUGGGCCCUUCUAUUGGCCCUUGGGCUGAUUUGGUCCCCUUCUAUUGGCCCUGGGGUGGAUUUGGUCCCCUUCUAUUGGCCCUUGGGUGGAUUUGGUCCCCUUCUAUUGGCCCUGGGGUGGAUUUGGUCCCCUUCUAUUGGCCCUUGGGUGGAUUUGGUCCCCUUCUAUUGGCCCUGGGGUGGAUUUGGUCCCCUUCUAUUGGCUCUUGGGCUGGUUUGAUCCCCUUCAAUUGGUCCCUGGGCUGAUUUGGUCUCUUCUAAAAUGCACCUAUUGGAAGUUGCUGUAGUUGCUGAUUACACUGGAGAUCUGGGGAUGAGGUAAGAGAGAGAGAGAGGGAGAGAGAGAGAGAGAGGGGGGGGAAGGAGGGUGGAGGAAGAAGGAAAGAGAAAAAGGUAAAGAGAGAGAGAGAGGGAGAGGGUGGGGGGAGAGAGGGAAAGGGAAAGAGAUAGAAAGGGAAAGAGAGAUGGAGCUGGGUCCUCCAUAAAAGUCUUCCUCUUAUCCCGCCAUGGUCAACUUCCUGUCUGCCCUCACAGCUUCCUCUCUCUCCAGCAGACCCUUUGAGCUUGCUUCUGAGAAGGCUGUCAGUGAUUAGUCUUGAGUGGAGAGAGGGGGUCUUUGUCAGGAAGCUCCUUCUCACAAUAGCUGCCCAGACAACCUUGUCAGCACAAACAGCGGUGUCUCUGAAGAAAUAAAAUCCAGUGUAUCAUAUUUACAACAGAGGAAAAAAAAAUUUUUUUUUACCCACUUACCGUUCCAUCCCUUAGUUCUUGUCUGUGUUUUGACUCAUUCUCUUCUGUGGGCGUGUCAGUAUUUCUUCAUUCUCCUCACUCUUUCUGUACAAAGCAACGAACAAUCAGUUAAUUAAGGGAGCCUGUGCAGAGGAGAGGAGAGGAGGGAGGGAGGGAGGGAGAGAGGGAGAGAGAGAGAGAGAGAGAGAGAGAGAGAGAGAAAAAGAAUGAUCUCUCCCAGGAUUUAUCAGCACUUCCUGUUCCACAGGAAGUUCAUUGUCGACUGAUAUUCAGUUGUCAGAAAUUUCUUUUCGAGAAUUCUGUAAUGACAGAUGUAUCUUUGUUUGUUUUGUUUGAAAGGUUUUAUUCUUCGUAUGGGAUGCUCAGACAGUGUUUUUAAAAAUGGCAUUGUGCUUUCCAUAUCACAACACUCAAGGCUUUAGGGUCUUAGACAUACGAAACUAAAUUGUACCGUGCUAAUGUAUUUCUUCAUAUUUAUAUAAAUAUAUAUAUAGGUAGAUGUGGAUGGCCUACAUGUUAGGCAUUCUCGUCUGAAUUUUGACCAUAUGAAGCUAAGGGGAAAACGUUGCUGUGACCAUCACUGGACCUGAUGAUCAGGUGGUCUUCUUUCCGAAGUCAAACAGAGUUAUUUUUAACACACAUAGUCUGUUCCUUUGUGCUGGGCAUAACCUAAUUUAUGAGUUACUGUUGUCGUUGGAUACGGCCAACGAGCUCCAUCUCACUUGAAAUCUCUUGUUGAUGUUGAUAAUGAUGAUGUUGUUGUGUGGGGUGGCCAGCUGUACUUUGCUGGUUUAAGGUUAUAGUGGGUCGGGUGGGGUGGGGAGGGGG